GGUGACACCCGGGAGUUGCUGGAAGUAAAAAGGCCGGGACAGCUUGUCGUGUCCAGAGCCUCAAGCCUGCGUGCACGCGAGCAGCUGAGCUGGAUGGUGUGACAGACGGCGUGACAGGGCUGAAAGGUGACUCCGUGAUGACUUUGAAGGUGGCUUACCUACUUCAUGUUGAUUGAAGAAUUUUGACAGUGAACAUAUCAUUGUAUUGAUGAGGGACAGCUACAGGACGCUCAAGAGCUGUUGUGGCUUUUCUGGAUCCUGUGCUUCACCAAUAGAGGAAUAUGGAUCAUUAAUUAGCUCUCACAAUUCUAAAACCAUGACUGAUGAAUUGGUGACAUUCAGGGAUGUGGCCAUCGACUUCUCUCAGGAGGAGUGGGAGUACCUGGACCCGGCUCAGAGGGACUUGUACAUGGAUGUGAUGUUGGAGAACUAUAGUAACUGGGUGUCGCUGGAUUUGGACUCAACAUAUGAGACCAAAAGUAUAUUUUCAAAAAAGGACAUUUUUGAAAUAAAAUUUUCCCGCUGGGAUACAAAGGAAGAAAGUAAAACCCUGGGCCUUGAGGCAUCCAUUUUCAGAAAUAAUUGGAAGUGCAAAAACAAAUUUGAAGGACUACAGAAACAUCAAGAGGGAUACUUAAGUCAAAUGAUUAUCAGCUAUGAAAAAAUACCCACAUACAGAAAAAAUAAAUCUCUUAUUCAACAGGAAAGAAUUCAUGAUAGAGAGAAACCAUGUGUUUGUAAGGAAUGUGGAAAAACUUGUAAUUAUGGCUCAAAACUCGUUCAACAUGAGAGAACUCAUAUAACUGAAAAACUUUUUGAAUGUAAAAAAUGCGGGGAAAACUUUUUUAGUGCUUAUCAACUGAGUGUGCAUCAGAGAUUUCAUACUGGUGAGAAACCCUAUGAAUGUAAAGAAUGUGGCAAGACCUUCAGUUGGGGAUCCAGCCUUGUUAAACAUGAGAGAAUCCAUACUGGGGAGAAGCCCUAUGAAUGUAAAGAAUGUGGGAAAGCCUUCAGUCGUGGCUAUCACCUUACUCAACAUCAGAAAAUUCAUAUUGGUGUGAAGUCUUAUGAAUGUAAGGAGUGUGGGAAAGCGUUUUUUUGGGGUUCAAGCCUUGCUAAACAUGAGAUAAUUCAUACAGGUGAGAAACCUUAUAAAUGUAAAGAAUGUGGGAAGGCCUUCAGCCGUGGCUAUCAACUAACUCAGCAUCAGAAAAUCCAUACUGGUAAGAAACCUUAUGAAUGCAAGGUUUGUGGAAAGGCUUUUUGUUGGGGUUAUCAGCUCACUCGACAUCAAAUAUUUCACACUGGUAAGAAACCCUACCAAUGUAAGGAAUGUGGGAAGACCUUUAAUUGUGGAUCAAGUCUUGUUCAACAUGAGAGAAUCCAUACAGGUGAGAAGCCUUAUCAGUGCAAAGAAUGUGGGAAAGCCUUCAGUCGUGGUUAUCGUCUUACUCAACAUCAGAAGAUCCAUACUGGUGAGAAACCUUUCAAAUGUAAGGAAUGUGGAAAGGCCUUUAGUUGGGGUUCAAGUCUUGUUAAACAUGAGAGAGUCCAUACUGGUGAGAAAUCCUAUGUAUGUAGAGAAUGUGGGAAAGCCUUUGGUAGCAGGUAUCGGCUUACUCAACACCAGAUAUUUCAUACUGGCAAGAAGCCCUACCACUGUAAGGAAUGUGGGAAGACCUUUAACUGUGGAUCAAGUCUUGUUCAACAUGAGAGAAUUCAUACUGGUGAGAAGCCUUAUCAGUGCAAAGAAUGUGGGAAAGCCUUCAGUCGUGGCUAUCAUCUUACUCAACAUCAGAGGAUCCAUACUGGUGAGAAACCUUUUGAAUGUAAGGAAUGUGGAAAGGCCUUUAGCUGGGGUUCAAGUCUUGUUAAACAUGAGAGAGUCCAUACUGGUGAGAAAUCCUAUGAAUGUAAAAAAUAUGGGAAAGCCUUUGGUAGUGGCUAUCAACUUCAUGUUCAUGAACAAUUUCAUUCCGGUGAGAAACUUUAUCAAGAUGAGGAAUUUGGGGAGACCUUUACUCAUAGCGCAAACUUGGAUCAACUUGAGAGAACUCAUGGUAACAACAAACCCUGUAGAUAAAGAUGUGGAGAGGCCUUUAUAUGGACAACUCACUCAGACAAGAAAAUUGAUACUGGAGAAACCUUGUAAUUGAAAAGAUAUGAGAGAACUUGUUAAACAUGUUCAAGUCUUGUUAAACAUGAGAGGUCCAUACUGGUGAGAAAUCCUAUGUAUGUAGAGAAUGUGGGAAAGCCUUUGGUAGCAGAUAUCAGCUUACUCAACAUCAGAUAUUUCAUACUGGACAGCUUAACAUGAGCAGAAAGCUUAUUCUAAAGAAACCAUAUGAAUG